AUGGCGCCCUUUACACGAGAUGCACUCUCGCCUCGCGAUAGCCUGUCUCUUUUCGCCCAGCUGAUUCGCGGUGCCACGCCUGGCAAAACAGUCAUUCGCGCCCCGCUUUCGGUGAUGGGAGAUCAAAACGCGCGGAGAAGAAGCAAAUCGAGCCUAUAA